AUGAUAGCGGCUGCAACAGACACAUCAGCAGUCACCAACGAGUGGGCCAUGGCUGAAGUGAUCAAGCACCCACACGUCCUGAGGAAAGCCCAACAAGAGCUGGACUCAGUGGUGGGUCGAGAUCGGAUGGUCCAAGAGUCAGACUUAGCCCACCUCAAUUAUCUACGUUGCAUCGUCCGUGAGACAUUCCGCAUGCACCCGGCCGGUCCAUUUCUCAUCCCUCAUGAGUCGACCCGAUCCACCACUAUCAACGGCUACUACAUCCCGAAGAGGACACGUGUCUUCAUCAAUACGCAUGGCUUGGGCCGCAACACCAACAUCUGGGAUCGCGUGGAUGUGUUCGAGCCGGAGAGGCACUUAUCAGCAGACGGGAGUCGAGUUGAGAUUAGCCACGGUUCCGACUUCAAGAUACUGCCAUUCAGCGCUGGAAAGAGAAAAUGCCCAGGCGCGCCCCUCGGCGUGACACUGGUGCUAAUGGCUCUGGCUCGACUUUUACACGCCUUUGAUUGGAGCCCACCCGAGGGCUUGAGACCCCAGGACAUCGACACGAGCGAGGUGUACGGAAUGACCAUGCCCAAGGCCCAACCUCUACUUGCUCUUGCAAAGCCUCGAUUGGCGCCUCAUUUGUAUGGUUGA